AUGACUGCCGUUGAGCUGGAACGGUCAACAAAGGAAAGGAUGAGCGGGGAGAGGGACCUUCUGCACAUCCCACGGCAGCAAACCAGGGAGCAACUCAGCUGGAUGCAGAGACUCUGUGAACUCAUCACUUCUCUUUGCAAGGCUGUGUACUACAGUACCUUUGCUCCUUUUUUUACUGAUCCCCAGACUGGUGGAACUCUGAAGGCAGAUGUGGGGAUCCUCUGUGCUGUGUGUGAAGGAUUUCAUCAUCGGGGUUUCUGCUCUUGGUGUGUGUGUAUAUAUGUGCACUCAGAGAUGCACAAGCAGAUAUCUGAUUGUACUGGAAUACUUAGAGCACAGACUGACUGUGAAACAGCUCAAGAACCCAUGUCUGCCAUGAAGAUAACAGGUGUUUUUGUGCUUCUCGCCCUGGCAGUUCUCUGCCUAGCAGAUGCUGCCCAAAAGGAUGAGGUAGACUGCAGUGAAUACAGGAGGUUAGAGAGAGGAAGACCUAUUUACUGCGAAAAGCUCUACGAACCUUUUUGUGGCUCUGAUGGGAAAACAUAUAACAACAAAUGUUCUUUCUGCAAGGCAGUCCUGAAGAGCAGAGGAGCCUUACAUAUGAAGCAAGCAGGUGUAUGCUGA